CAGCAGCGAUGCAGAAAUCGACGAACAAACUGUCAAUCGCCUGUCAAAAUUAGAUUUCGUUCGAGUGUGAACCCGUCCUUAUCUUUCUCUACUUCCGUGGUUCUUGCAUCAAACUGUCACAGAAAUGACUAAGAAGAGGCGUAAUGGAGGACGCUGCAAGCACAACCGCGGCCACGUCAAGGCCGUGCGUUGCACCAACUGCGCCCGCUGCGUCCCAAAGGAUAAGGCCAUCAAGAAGUUUGUGAUCCGAAACAUCGUCGAGGCUGCUGCCGUUCGUGAUAUUUCGGAUGCUUCCUGUUACAACUCCUAUGUUCUGCCCAAACUUUACGCAAAAUUGCACUAUUGCGUAUCGUGCGCUAUCCACUCCAAGGUGGUGCGUAACCGAUCGAAGGAAGCCCGACGAAUCCGUACACCACCCCAGCGGGCGUUCCCUAAGGACAUGAACCGUAACCAGAACGCCCAGCGCAAGUAAGAAGCUGCUAAGUCGUCAAGUCGCUGUUGCAAAAACCGAUACCAACCAAACGCCGAACGUGGCGGACAUCGCUUUCUCCCGUGGACGAAAUCAUCAUUCUAUCAUUCCGAUUAGCCGGGCAAUGAUCGGAGCGAGUGGGUUCGCCAGUGUUCGGUGUCAAAAACAAGUUGUAUUUGGAUUAAACAUGGUCGCUUAAGGAGAAGAUGAGGUGAAAACAUUGAAAAUAAGAUUUACAAAACAUCUAA